UCUUGGCACGUUCCACAAUCGUCUCAGUUAAUUCUCCAGACAAUUCUAGGACUUGCGUCUUUCGAGCCCAUUUUACGGAUGGGGAAACUGAGGCUUAGAGGCUGAGGCCCUUCCCCAGAGCCGCAGCAGGCCUGGCACCGGGUCUGCCCAGCUCCCCGGGAGGCUGCGGGAGGGCCAGGUGGCAUGCAAGGAGUUAAGCGGUAGGCAGUGCCGUGGCUCCGCGCGAGGAGCGCGCCGGGCUGAGGCGUGCUGGCGGCGGCGGCUGCGCUGGGAGCUCGGGCUCCAGAGACGUGAAGUCCGGGGGAGCGAGCGAGGCAGGGAGGGAGGCAGCGAGAGAGAGGGAGGCGAGGCGGCCGGAGCCCCGCGCCCAGCCGCAGCCCGCGCCCAGCGCGCAGCGGGCCCGGGCAUCCCCGGGCGGGUGCCUGCGCGGGGCCUCGCCUUGGCGCGGGGCACCCGCAGUGCCGCCCGCCCGCCAGCCCGCCCGAGCGCUAGGCUCGCAGGAGCCCGGUUUGCACUUCCUCUCGCCUCCGCCCGCCUCCCCGGCUCACCGGCUGGCGUCGCCACCGCCUCCUCGUCCCCGGCCACCGCUGUCGCCGCUGCUGCAAUCCAGGACGCACACUCUUCCACUUUCCCGCUGGAGGCGCGGAGGAUGCCCCUUGCACCAGACCCGGAGAAAUACCCCCCCGGGCCGCCGGGAGGAGACUAGGCGGCGAGAAAGAAAAUCCAGUCUCCCUUUCUUGGAUGCCACUGCAGCAGCUGGCAGCUGGGAAGGCACCCACAGAGCGGGUGCGCCAAGCGGGACGCGGGAGUCGCAGAGAGAGAGACCCCGGGCGCUGGCUGGGCUCCGUUGGCAGAGUUUGCAAGUGACUGAGACCCUCAGGUGGCAGCCCUGAGCCCUAACGCUUCACCAGAUGAAAGGCUGCCCGCUUGUGUUUCCACCAGGUGGACAGACUGAGCUUGGUCCCCAGCUGGGGAAGAGGCCCUCCGUGAAUUAACCUAGCUCCUAUAGGCCUGAGCAACCGAGAAGGGGCAAGAAGCGAACUCCAGCUGCCUGUGAACCCUCACAAAAUCCUCCUCUGAUUGCUAUUUUCCAAGUUCUUUGGAAUUCUGAGGCAGAGAACAAGAUGUAGGAAAAUGGGACCAACUCCUGAGUGCCCUGAGCCUCAGAACCCCUUUCAUGGCCCAAAGAAGCUCACCCUGACCUCAGGAGGGCUGGGGAAGCCUGUCUUCUCUUCUCUUGGUGUCAGCCAAGCAUUGGACUUGCCCUCCUGCCCUGGACUUGGCAGUCACCUUCGCAGCGGGAUUAAGACUGAAGAUCCCCAGGGGCUCCAUCCCUAAGGGAAGCUUGAGAAACAAAGCCCCCCUCCAUUCUCUCCUUGGACCACACCCCCCCAACCCCCAGCUGAGCCCCAGCGAUCCAGUCCGGAAUGAUCCCACUAUGGCCAAGCUCUGGUUCAAAUUCCAGCGGUACUUCCGCAGGAAGCCUGUGCGUUUCUUUACCUUCCUGGUGCUCUACCUGACGGCUGGGAGCCUUGUCUUCCUUCACUCUGGUUUUGUGGGUCAGCCUGCCGUCUCCCAGAACCAGGCUAACCCCGCUGUGGGGGCCCCAGCGGAGGGCGCUGAGCUGACCUUCCUGGGUGACUUAAAUCUGGGCAGAGGCUUCCGGGACACAGGUGAAGUCUCAAGCAUCGCCCGCAGGUACGGACCCUGGUUCAAGGGCAAGGACGGGAAUGAGAGAGCCAAGCUGGGGGACUACGGGGGAGCCUGGAGCCGGGCCCUCAAGGGGAGGGUCGUCCGGGAGAAGGAGGAGGAGCGAGCUAAGUACAUCGGCUGCUACCUGGAUGACACCCAGAGCCGGGCCCUUCGAGGCGUGUCCUUUUUCGACUACAAAAAGAUGACCGUCUUCCGUUGCCAGGACAACUGUGCAGAACGGGGUUACCUGUACGCUGGGCUGGAGUUCGGCGCCGAGUGCUACUGCGGCCACAAGAUCCAGGCGGCAAACGUGAGCGAGGCGGAGUGUGACAUGGACUGCAAGGGCGAGCGGGGCAGCGUGUGCGGCGGAGCCAACCGCCUGUCCGUCUACCGGCUGCAGCUGGCCCAAGAGUCAGCCCGCAGGUACGGAAGUGCAGUCUUCCGAGGCUGCUUCCGCAGGCCCGACAACCUCUCCCUGGCCUUGCCUGUGACGGCUGCCAUGCCCAACAUGUCCGUGGACAAGUGUGUGGACCUCUGCACGGAGAAGGAGUACCCGCUGGCGGCCCUUGCGGGCACUGCCUGCCACUGUGGCUUCCCCACCACUCGGUUCCCCCUCCACGAGAGAGAGGACGAGCAGCUCUGUGCCCAGAAGUGCAGUGCGGAGGAGUUCGAGAGCUGUGGGACCCCCAGUUACUUCAUCGUGUACCAGACGCAGGUCCAAGACAACCGCUGCAUGGACAGACGGUUCCUCCCAGCCAAGUCCAAGCAGCUCAUUGCUCUGGCCAGCUUCCCGGGAGCCGGCAACACAUGGGCUCGCCACCUGAUCGAGCUGGCCACAGGCUUCUACACUGGCAGCUACUACUUCGAUGGUUCUCUGUACAACAAAGGGUUCAAAGGUGAGCGGGACCAUUGGCGCAGUGGGAGGACCAUCUGCAUCAAGACACAUGAGAGUGGCCAGAAGGAGAUCGAGGCCUUCGACGCAGCCAUCCUGCUCAUCCGCAACCCCUACAAGGCCCUCAUGGCGGAGUUCAACCGCAAGUACGGUGGACACAUUGGCUUCGCUGCCCACGCCCACUGGAAGGGCAAAGAGUGGCCGGAGUUCGUGAGGAACUACGCCCCGUGGUGGGCCACUCACACGCUGGACUGGCUCAAGUUCGGCAAGAAGGUGCUGGUGGUGCACUUUGAGGACCUGAAGCGCGACCUCUUCGUCCAGCUGGGCCGCAUGGUGGGCCUGCUGGGUGUGGCCGUCAGGGAGGACCGGCUGCUGUGUGUGGAGAGCCAGAAAGACGGCAACUUCAAGCGCUCUGGGCUCCGCAAGCUGGAGUACGACCCCUACACUGCGGACAUGCAGAGGACCAUCUCCGCCUACAUCAAGACGGUGGACGCGGCGCUCCGGGGGAGGAACCUCACGGGCGUGCCCGACGACUACUACCCCAGAUGAUGGAUGAUCAGACCGGGGCAGGGGGCGGGCCGUCCAGACCGAGCAGGCCCUGGGCACUCCGGGCCCCUGGGGAGUCCCACCCGCCAGUCCGCUCUCCCAUGUAGGUAGGGACCAUCCCCUUGGCCUAGCGUUGGCCUCCGAUGAGUUUCCCGCAUGACGAAGGAGGCUCAAGGGAAGAGAUGGUGCAGGCACCUCCCACCGACUCGCAACCGCCCCCCCACUCCUUGGAGAUGGAGGGGCGGCCGGUUUGGGGAGUUCCCGCCGCCUGGACCCUGCUCUGUCUCCGGUGUCCCUGCCCCCCGCACCUGUGGGAAGGAGGGCUCCUGGGUGUCCCAGAGAUCGGGGUUCCUCACUGCGGGUGUGGAGGACCCUGGCACAAGAGCUAAAGGGAAUGGCCCAGACUCGCCCCCGUGCUGGGCUGAGCACUCGUAGCAGCCCCAUCCUACCCCACCCAGGAAGCGCGGUGACAGGAUUUAUCCGGGCCACUUCUGUCUGCAGGAAGAUUGCUGGGAGGUUUCUCCGUGGGCUUAGGUUUCUGACAUUCUGUGGGUCAGAGAGGCCCUGGCUCUCAGGGUAGGUUAACUGGGGCCACCUGGUGGGGUCACAGGCAUCCGGAGCCCCCACGUGGCGUGUCCACUUCGGGACCUGGGAUUCUGCCCUUUCCUCGCCCGCUGUAUCCAGGAGAUGACCCGCUUCCAGGGGUGACACCUCUCUCCACCGUGGGGUCCCACGCAUUGAUCUGACACUGCCCUUCCAACCCCUACCAGCGGGUCCUCUGCUGUCCAGGCGGGAGAACACGCGUGCCCCAAAUCAUGUGACCUGUGAGCGAGAGAGAGCCCCACAACCUUCCCAGACCAGCGACCCACCUUUGGUCAUAGUCCAGGGGGGCCCUUUAAGGAAAGGGGUGAUGGGAUGGUUCUUCAUAUCUGUACAGACGCUGCUCUUUCGAUGCUGAGAUGUCCAACCAAAAGACUGGGUGGCUGAUCAUCUGUCUUAGAAAGCAUCAAGUUCCAGGAUUCCCUCUCUCCCCUCACCUUGGGUACCCGUGGUUUCGCAUCCUGCCCACACCUGCAUACCUGCACCACCAACCCCCACCAUGUAGAUGCAAAAGCCAUAGGUCACAGCUCCUUGCUGUUCUGUCUGGAACAACCCCCCCAAGCAGCUCCCUCUGAAGCCUUGGGGUGCAGGUAAAUGCUCAUUCCCAAAUAGCCAAGAGACGAUGGAGAAGGCAAGUGUAAAGAGAUAUAUUUUUCUAAGAGGAAUAUGACUCAUACAUUCCACCCCCUUGGAACCCGGCCACACAAAGAGAAGGGCUGGGGGAUCGGACCCAUUGUCCUCGUCCCUGAGCCUUUCAUCUUUAGGAUUCGGGCCACCCCAGGGCCUGGCCAGGGGGCUCUGAAUGUAUUUUGUACCAAAUUUCUUUCCCCCAGGCAAAUUUCUAGUCUUCUUUCUCGAAGCAUCAGAGGGUUUGGCCUCCCCGCCCUGUAAGAGGUCAGCUCUCUCUCUGGGAGACUCUGGGUCCAAGACCUGAGCCAUUUCUUUGCCGGUGGUCUCUUCAGGCCACCAGCCUCUAUCUGAAGACUCCUCAGGUCAACACCAUCAUUAAAAGCAAGUUUUGUUGAUAAUUCUA